AUGUUACUAGCAGGGGCAAUAUUAACUCUUCUUCUUUUCACUUCUUUGAGUACUCAUGUCACUACAGUGCCUGUACUGAACCUAUCAUCAGCUGUGUAUAGGAAUUUACACGAGAGUCAUCAAGAUACGCUGAAAUGUCCUUGUUCCACUACAACAGUACCGCAUCGAACGUUUAUUUCCCUGUCUGCAAGUUUCCAUCAAGUAUGUUCGAGUGACUUCGUUAGUGAUGCGUGGAUAACACUUCUCAGCCUUGUACGUUCUGGGUCAUAUGAUGAUUGGCUUACUCGAGCUGUUCAUCAAUUCCGAUUAUUGUCAACCGUUUGUAAUUUAGUUAAUACGACAAUCUUUGGUACGGUUAAACGUCUUAUCACUCGUUCACUAGUUACAUUUAAUGUUCUCACCGAGAACGAUUUCAAUACUCAAUUAAACACGACCGUCAAUCAAUUUAUUCAAUCGACAGUUAUCAACUUUGGUCUUCUCUUAGAUACCGUACACCUUUCACUGCGGGUUGAUCAACCUUUCAAAGUACCAGAUCACUUGAAUACACUACUAUAUAGAAAAGUAGAUGACCAUUAA